UUGGUUAGUACUCCGACUAUCUUUUUCAGAAGUAUGCGUGAGAUAGUACACGUACAAGCUGGUCAAUGUGGGAACCAAAUUGGUACCAAGUUCUGGGAAGUUAUUUGUGACGAACACGGUCUUUCUCCUGAUGGAUUCUAUAGCGGGGAUACAAACUCUCAGUUAGACCGUAUAAACGUUUAUUACACAGAAGCCUCUGAUAAGCGUUAUGUGCCACGUGCAGUUCUGGUUGACUUGGAACCAGGGACAAUGGAUGCUAUUAAAAGUGGAAAACUAGGAAAAAUGUUUCGUCCAGAUAACUUUGUAUACGGUCAAAGUGGUGCUGGCAACAACUGGGCCAAAGGACAUUAUACUGAAGGUGCUGAAUUGGUGGAUGCAGUCUUGGAUGUCGUGAGAAAAGAAGCAGAAGCUUGUGACUGUUUGCAAGGGUUCCAAGUAACCCACUCUUUGGGUGGAGGUACCGGUUCCGGAAUGGGGACUUUACUAAUUUCGAAGAUAAGAGAAGAAUAUCCCGACCGAAUGAUGGGAACAUAUUCGGUAUUGCCUUCUCCGAAAGUGUCGGAUACAGUGGUUGAGCCUUACAAUUGUAUCCUUUCUGUUCAUCAGUUGGUGGAAAAUGGAGAUGAAGUGUUCUGUAUUGAUAACGAAGCACUUUAUAAUAUUUGUCAUAAUACUUUGAAGAUGAGUAAUCCCUCAUACAGCGACCUCAACCAACUUGUAACGGCAGUCAUGUCGGGUAUUACAUGUUCACUGCGUUUCCCUGGGCAGUUGAACGCAGACUUGCGCAAACUGGCUACCAACUUGAUUCCGUUUCCCCGCUUACAUUUCUUUAUGAUUGGAUUCGCUCCGUUGGCAGCCCCUGGAACACAGCAAUACAAAUCGAGCACUGUUGCAGACCUCUGUCAACAAAUGUUUGAUUCUCGUAAUAUGAUGGCCGCAUGUGAUCCUCGUCAUGGUCGUUAUUUAACUGCUGCCGCAUAUUUCCGUGGAAAAGUGGCAACCAACGAAAUCGAUGACCAGCUCAUGACUGUCCAAAACAAGAAUGCUGCCUCCUUUGUAGAAUGGAUUCCCAAUAACAUUAAGAGUUCUCUUUGUGAUAUUCCCCCAAAAGGAAUGCAACGUUCUGCAACGUUUAUAGGAAACUCAACUGCUAUUCAAGAAUUGUUUAAGCGAGUUGGAGAGCAAUUCACUGCAAUGUUCCGGCGAAAGGCAUUUUUACAUUGGUAUACCGGUGAAGGAAUGGAUGAAAUGGAGUUUACAGAAGCUGAAAGCAAUAUGAAUGACUUGGUUUCCGAAUAUCAGCAAUAUCAAGAGGCUACCAUAGAUGAUGAUUUUGGUGAUGAUGGAGAAAACGAUGAAGAAUUUUAAGGCUUUCGGGUUUAAAAGUUAAUAUAUAUUUGUUGAAUAAUAUUGCAGAAUAAACGUAAGAUGUUUGUUGCAAAGAUGCAAAGAAACGAAGUUAUGUACAC